CCAUACAGCUUAUAAGAACCAACUCAACCUUCACCAUGCGAUUCACAUCCUUCGCCAUUGCCACCGCCUUCCUGGCUACCAUGAUUUCUGCUACUCCAGUGGCCGAGCCUGAACCCAACCCUGUUGAACUGGCUGCUCGAGCCAAGUACACCAUCCACUGCAGUGGUGGUCUCAAUCCUGAUUCGCACUGCUUGACGCCUCAUUCCAAGUGUGACUCCUACGGCACGUACCUGGUUGAGUCUGGUUACAAGGAGCAGUGCAAGAAGUGUGGCUGCGCGAAAAAUGUGAACAGAAGCCGAGUUUAG